AGCUCCCGGCAGUUUGUGCAAGGCAGCCAGGCGAAAGCAAGCUCCCUGGCACAAACGGAUGACUCUGUCCUGAAACCUCAGGGGACUGAUGAUCAGCCAGCGCUUGAGGUGUUAAAUUAUUCUUCCCCGGGUGACCCUAUUAGGGGUAACGAGUCCCAUCGUACUUCUCAGGCAAACCUUCUGCAAAGAGGGGAAAAAGGCAAGGGAGCAGAAAAAACUGGUUCUGCUGCGUGUCAGCCAGCCUCGCCAGCGAGGCACAGCCAAGCUGACCUGGGGAGAGACCCGCAGACUGGUUUGGAGGCAAAGAGCGGGGCUGCAGACACUGCGCAAUUGUGUCCCACGGAUAAAACUCAAGCGGUGCAGAGCAGCGAGGCACCAGCCCAGUCUAGCCACGAGAGUCCGCAUCCUGUAUGCAACGCGGGCGCCGAGCCGGGGAGCCCGGGCCCCACCCUGCUCUCCAAAUUCAGAGAAACGGGUACAAUGACGGUUCAGUCGGAGAGCAGCUCUUUAACUCAGGAAGCAGUAAGCAGGACGUGGCGAGAUGCUGAGGUUCAGGCCGUGGCUGCUGUGGAGAGCAAAUCGGCCUCCACAAGCCCCAGCAUCCUUGCUGCCUUCUUGAAAGGGAAUCCUCCUCCAGAGGAGAAAGAAGAACUGCACAUAAUUUACCAAGGAGAUAUGGGGCUGAGCCAGUCUGCACUUACUGACAGUUUCUCCUCCCAACAAAAGUCCCCAUGUUCUCCCGGUAUCACAUCAAAAUCGACUGUUGUUACGGCUGUGACCGCUUCAGCCCAAACCCAGCCUACCAAACUGCCUGGGGUCCCAUCUGACGUGGUGUCGCCAGCCUCAGCAGGUAAUGGAAAACUUGCUCUCCCCUUCUCCCCUGCAGCCGUUACCUCCCAAGGGACGUCUGUGGGUAAUGCUGAAAUGGUCGGUGCAGCCCAUGACGGCAAGGAUGCCGCUCGCCUGCCGAUGGAUGCUCCGGUCCCACCGAAGGCCACCCCUGCUGAGCAGCUUGCAGUUGACUCCAGUAACCAAACUCCAGCACAGCCUGGGCCUGGCGCUGGGGCACCAAGCACCGCCGCUGCUGACGCUGUCCCUGGAACCGAGCGCAACGUGCGAGGUCUUGCCCAUGACGCGGGAAGCAGCCGAUUGCCUUUACUCUGUAGCACAGGCAGUGAAGUCAAGCAGAAGGAGGUCCUGGGCAGCUCUGAGCAAAGGCCUGUGCAAUGUAAGGGUGCGAGUCAAGGGGAGGCCAUUCCUGAUCAAUCCGUGGUGAAACCAAAGGAAGAAAACUCGAUGGUGCUUGAUCCUAAAGGGGGGAUGAAUGUUAGCAGCCAACCCGCUGCUGUCCGCGUAAAGGUGUGCUCAGAGGAGGCAAGUGAAAAGGAGGAGAGCGGAGGCCAGGGAGACACUGGCCAAGCUCAGGCAGCUGGUGGCCAGAGCCUGCAGGCAGGACUGACGCCCAAGUCGAGCGCGAGCUCUGCGUGUCUCACCCCUCUCUCGGGGGCCUCGGCGGCUCCCCAGCGGGAAGGUCUCCAGGCCGAGGAGUCCGGAUGCGAGCUUCACACAGCAGCUCUUCCUGCUUCAGCUCAGGCCUUGCCAAACCUGGGGGAAAACAAAAAGCAGCCCACCCCGGCCAUGGAGGCGAAAGUGCAGGUGAAGCAGUCCAAGCACAUCAGGGAUGUUGUUUGGGACGAGCAAGGCAUGACGUGGGAGGUUUAUGGUGCUUCCCUCGAUCCAGAAUCCCUGGGAAUUGCCAUCCAGAACCACUUACAGAGACAAAUACGGGAACAUAAGAAACUAAUUGGGGCCCAGAACAGUCAGACCCGGAAAUCCAUUUCCUCGGAUACAUCCUCAAAUAAAAAACUGAAAGGGAGGCAGCACAACGUGUUCCAGUCCAUGCUGCAGAAUUUUAGGCGUCCUAAUUGCUGCGUCCGACCCGCUCCCUCUUCUGUGCUAGACUGA